UCCACCUCCGAUGCUGCCUGGCUUGCUGGGUUCUUCAACCUCCUGGAUGUCUACACAGCAAAUUAUUUUACAGUUACCACAUCAUCAAGGCACAGAAGAAAACUAUUCGGCUCAUUCACCGUGUGUGCCCCGGUUACAUUAUUGAUUUUCAUUGCCUUGCAAAGUUGCUCCUGUACCUCCUGCACUAUUCAGCCUGUUUGCGGAGGCGGAACCUGUUUAACAGCGCUGUGACGGAGCUGGAGGUAAACUCGAGCCGGUUUAGUAUUUUUGUGGGACUCAGUGCAAUGGCGGCAGCAACAGCAAGAACCGGAGCGGGUUUGCUGAGGGUUUUUUCACAACAGUUGUUCCAGGCUCACGAUAUUCGCAAUGGAUCCCGAAGAUCUAUUAACACAAUGUUUAAGGCUGCUGAUUUACAGAUUGAGAUUUCCAAACACCCCAAGGAGAAGCCUGUCAACAGCAAGUUGGUGUUUGGAAAGUCAUUUUCAGAUCAUAUGUUGACAAUAGAAUGGAGUGCAGAAAAAGGAUGGGAUAAGCCACUUAUUAAACCCCUACAGAAUCUCUCACUGCACCCAGCAUCUUCAGCCCUGCAUUAUUCUAUUGAGCUGUUCGAAGGUAUGAAAGCUUUCCGAGGGAUAGACAACAAGAUUCGCAUGUUCCGACCCGAUUUGAAUAUGGAACGAAUGCAUCGAUCAGCGCUCCGAGCAUGUCUGCCGGGCUUUGACAAAGAAGAACUCAUGGAGUGCAUCCGAAAGCUCAUUGAAGUUGACAGAGAAUGGGUCCCAUAUUCUGACACAGCAAGUCUCUAUAUCCGGCCCACUUUCAUUGGAACUGAGCCUUCCCUUGGGGUGUCUCGAGCUAAUCAUGCCCUACUCUUUGUUAUCAUUGGGCCUGUUGGACCAUAUUUUGCCACAGGAAGUUUCAACCCUGUCUCAUUGCUUGCUGAUCCCAAUUUUGUACGUGCUUGGAAAGGCGGCGUAGGUGACUGCAAAAUGGGAGGAAAUUAUGGUCCAACGAUAUAUGUUCAGAAUGAGGCCCAGAAACAAGGCUGUCAGCAAGUUCUGUGGCUUUACGGAGACAAGCAUGAGCUCACAGAAGUGGGAACUAUGAACAUCUUCAUUUAUUGGAAGAAUGAGCAAGGCGAGGUAGAGUUGCUCACUCCUCCACUGGAUGGUACAAUCCUCCCAGGAGUCACAAGGCAGAGUUUGUUGGACCUGGCUCGUCAGUGGGGGGAGUUUAAAGUUUUGGAACGAGGGAUAACAAUGGCUGAACUGAUCAAAGGGCUGCAGGAGAAUCGAGUGGCCGAGGUUUUCGGUGCUGGUACAGCCUGUGUUGUCUGUCCAGUGAAUCGAAUCUUGUACCGCGGUCAGAACUACCACAUUCCCACCAUGGAGAAUGGCCCAGAAAUAGCGAAACGGUUCCUGAAAGAGCUAACAGAUAUUCAGUAUGGCCGAACCCCAAGCAACUGGACACGCCUGGUGAUCUAAGCGCUGGAAAUCUGUUUCCCAUCCUGCAGGGAGCUGAGCCAGAUGCCAUCUGUGCUGCUUUGAGAUGGGAUACAUGAUAUCCUUUCUGAUAAUUUAUGUUGCUUCAACAAAAUAUCUGAAACUUACUAAUCUAGUUCAAUAAUAGAUCUAGUCAGAAUUUAGAUUUGAUGGUACUGUCUUUUUUAGAUUAAUUAGUCUAACUAACUAAAUAAUAGUAACUGUUUACCAACUAUGCUACUGCUUUUUAUGGGACUUUGGAAUUUAAAUUCUACUUGAUGUCAGUGAAUGCCAAAGUGCUUAGCAUUACUGACCCUGGUGCAAUGUCAAACUCUCCACUGCAGAUGUCCAAAGAGAUCACUUGUGCAGGAAGAAGUGAGUGAUAUUUCAGCCACGAUACUAUUGAAUGGCAGAAUAGGCUUGAGAGGCCCAACAGCCUGCUCUGUUCCUAUAUCUUAUAGUCUGUCUUAUGUUUGCCCUGUUCUUUCUUCGCUCCUGUCUGUCAGCUACAAUAGUCAUCAAUUAAAACUGGAAAUGCACAUCCAUUAAUGUCUGGACCAGGAAUGUCAGUUUAACAGAUUGAAUCUACUCUAUCAGACUUAAUCUUGGAAUGCGAUGGAAACACAGCCUUUUCUUUUCAGAUACAGAGUAGUCUGCCGUGCAGUUUCUGUAUUUUUGGAACCAAAUUCAGUUUCUCAUUUUCAUCCCUUGAGGCUAUAACAGCUGCAAGAUUUUGUCUUGAGGUUUCUGCUGGGGUUAGGUGCUGAAAGUUGCUCAAAACCACUAGCUAUUGGCUGCUAAGUCUGCUGCACUGGGUAUGACAAUCUGAAUUCGGCCUCUUACAGUCUUUUCACAAUAGGCACAUCUUUGCCAGUAGAUCAUCCUGACAAACUGAGGUUUCUAUCAGCAUGUUCUCUCUGUUUGCAUUUAGUAUGGUUGCUUGCAUGGUGCUAAGUUGAUGGUGAUUGAACUGACCAGUGUGGAACAAGACAUAGUAAAACUUACUUGCACAAUGUAAACAAUGCAGUAUCCUACAAUGGCUUCUUAAAUUUAUGACUUUCAGUAUUGCUGUGUUUUUUUUUUACCAAGUUAGUAAUAUAUUUGUAAUUCUCUGACUGUGUCUUACUAGAAUGUGAAGGUUCACAGAAGUAAAUGGUCAAUACCAUCUUGUAUUUUUUUUCUUAUUUUUGAUUUCUUUUCCCUCUGAAAACUCUCCGUCCAGUAUACAGUGCCUGGCUUCCACUCUGUGGCUGUUUGAAUAGUUAGUUAUGGAGGGGAAGGAACAAAAUUGACCAGCCUUGGGAACAAACUUGAGUUCUGAUCAAAGGCCAUCAAUCAGAAAGGUUAACUCUGUUCCUCUUCAAAGAUGAUGCCUUACCUGUUUUUGUUUCAGCAUCCAGUAGUAUCUUGCUUUUGUGGUUGACAACCAACCUGCCAUUAUGUACCACAGUGCAAUGACUGAGCUCAGUUCUAAAGUGUAACUCUAACAAGAAAACAACCAUUUGCAAGCACUUAACUAGUCAGUCAGCACCUGUACAAGACAAACAGAGGAAUGAUGAGGGUGGAGAUCGUUCAACAUGAAGAAUCCGCCCAUAAAUUGAUGACCUGACUUUUAACAAUUAUGAACAUUUUCAAUGUUCCCGGUGAAUUUAUUGAUAUUAGUGGUAGGUGUGAAUUAGUGGUACCCACCUAACACUCUAUCAGCUAUUAGUUCAAUAAGAUGAUGCAGUAAGCUUUUCCCAUAAAACUCUGUAAUAUUUAAACUCAGUUAGGUUUAGCAUCUGGGAUCACUCUGUCUCACCUUUUCCUCUGCUUUUAACUUUUCUAGCAUGUUUGGUUUGAAGGUUCACAAGGUCUCUGACCUAUGUAGGCAUAGUUGCAAAAUGGUGGAUUUAACAAAUGACAAUAUUUAUAUUCUGUAAUGUAACUUCUGUAAUGUGUUUGUGGCCAUGUGAAAAUCUGAAUAUCCCAGUGUGACCAUAUGUGUACCCAAACUUCAUGGCAUGACAGUGCAUUUGUUCUCAUUUAUUAGCCUGUCUGUGAGUCCACAAGCAGCUCGAGAAUGGGUACACAUACAUGUGCCUUCCUGCAUCCAUAUCUCAAUGUAUCCACUUGUUAAUCCACAUGCAUAUCCACAUAUUUGUAUAUCUUCAACCACAUGGAAUGGCAGUGUCUCUGUGUAAUAUUUAUUUAAAAGGUACAUUUAAUUAGGAUGGUAAACCACUGAUCAUGUCACCCAGCAUAUUCAUUUUAAAUCGUCAUGUUGAAACUGAGGCUUCAGUUUUAGUCAACUGUGCUAAAAGAGGCAAACGUUAGUGAUGAGAAUGUUGAUGUUGCUGAGUUCAACAGGAAAAGUUUCCCCACAGAUUGAUGACCUGACUUUUGAGUGACUUUGACACUGUCUUAGCUGGGUUAAGUAGACCGUUUGGAAUUUUAUUUUUUUUAUGGGAUGUGGGUUUUUAUUAGGCAAAAACAAUGAUCUGCAGAUGCAGAUUCCUGAUGAAGGGCUUCUGCCCGAAACGUCGAUUUUACUGCUCCUCGGAUGCUGCCUGAACUGCCGUGCUCUUCCAGCACCACUAAUCCAGAUGUGGGUUUUUAUUGUCCAUUUCAAGAGUUACAUGCAAAGCAGACCAGGUAAAGGUGGUAGAUUUCCUUCCCUAAAGAACAUUAGUGGGAUGGCUUUUAUAAGAAUGAUUAUAUGGUCAACUGUCGGGAUUGCAUUUUAUCUUAGGUUUUUAAUGAAUUCCAAUUUCACCAUCUCUAUUGUGAUAUUUGAAUCAGUGUCCCCACAGCAUUGACCUGAGGUUCCGGAUUACUUGCCCAGAGAUAUUACCACUAAGUCACCCCAUGAAAAUGUUAUUCUAAUAUCUGCCUGGUGAAUUCGAAAGUAACUGGUCCAAAUAUGCCAUUAACCAGCUUUUAAAACCCAGCUAUUAACCAAGCUGUUCAGUCUUCAACAGAAUCUAACAAUAUCUUUAAGGAGACUGUAGUUCUUGACACUUUAUUUCACUUUAGGCCCUCCCAAUCUUCAGGCAUUGUCAUCAUCACUUUUAAAAAGUUUUGGAUAAAGAUAAAACUUAUUCAGUAUUAGCUUCUGACUCAAUGUUUCAAAUCUUCAGUAAAUUUCUUUGUGCAUCCCUCAAUUCAGUCACUAGAUGGAGUAAGGUGUUUUCUACAAUGCUAAAUGGUGAGCACAGAGUGGUAUAAGGAAGAAGAGAGAGCAGAAGUUACAGAACCAUGGUUAGCCAGUACCUUCUGGUUAACCGAAUACAGAGAAGGGCAAAUAACAUUUGAGAGGUUAGUGUGAGCUUUGGACCCAGUAACCUAAAAGUAGCUAUUGGCAGGCAAAGUCAAACUAACAGCACAUGCUUCCUGCCCAUUAUACUCUGCUGAAGAAGGAGAAAUUCCAGUCAGGUCCUACGGCUUUUCCAAGGUCUGCACCUCACAUUCUCCCAUUUAAUUAUAAUUCAGGUGAACAGAUGUACCACACACCAAAACUCCCAAGUGAUUUUAAUCAUCUUGUACAUUCUUUAAGCCUUAGGGCUAACAAAGAUAUAAAUUGAAACACAAAAAUUACUGUCCAUACCAGGUUGGUCCAAAGCAUCAGCAUGCAAGCAAUGCAGUUCUGGGGGUGAUAGUGGGUAACCAAUGAACCAUAUGCUGAACUGACAUUUCCUGGUUGUUGUUUGCUGCAUUUUCCAAUUUUACUUCAAGAAUUAUGGGCUUGCAUCAGAGUAGACAUGAAUGGUCAGAGAGAAAAGAUGUUGCAAAACAAAGCAGCAUUGCAGAAGGUGAUGUACAGCUGUAGUCAGAGAUGACCUCAGUGCAGGUGCUGGAUGUGAGUCAGAGACUUCACUACUUCACAGUUUCAGGAAUACAAAGGUUGCCAUCUCCAAAACUCUGUUCACUUUGAAAGCUUGAUUAGACAUCCAGAUAUUCCGAUAUUCCUAAAAUUCAUCUUGUGGUGUGCUAGUUUUACACAGGUUGUCAUGUUUUCUUUUUGUUAGUGUGCCUGGCAGUUGACAUGUGAAUCAUCAAGUCUAUUUAUUUGUCACUUUGUGUGUGUGUCGGUGAGUGUAUUUGUAUUUCUGCUUGCAGUGCUAUCUUUGAUUACCAUGUACUGCUUACUAAUCUGUUCUUAUUUCAUUGUAAAAUCCCUCAUGCUCAUUUGUGCUGUUUGCACAACAUAUUGCCUUGAUAAUUCUGAAAUAAGACCAUAAAACUGAA